AUGAAUGGUGUCUCGAACGAACAUGAUGUUCUGGAUGUCAACGAGAUAGCUGUAGCUACAAGCGAGGAAUCCCCCGACCCAGAACCUGUUGAUACAUUCGAAUUGGAUGAGAUGGAGAUCAAAUUUAUUGAAAAAAUGGGCCCAAUCUCCAAUCCUGUGAGCAAUCGUGCCGAAGUUGAAAUUGAAAUCACGCGUACUACUUCGGCAAUAUUCAGGGAUCUGGACAACCGCACGAUUGUAAGGAGUGUGCAUGGGCACGAGACUUGGACGAGUCAACGGUCACAGAGCUUUACUUCUCCAGGGUUUACAGAGGAACAUUUCACAACGGGGGAGUAUUUGAUAAUAAAGGAACUUUUGGCAACAAAGGAACUUUUAGCAAAAUACAUAGAUGGGUAUAUCCAGAAACCUCACGAGAAUAGAUGGCUACUUAGCCCUGAGCGAGACUCUAGCCCUAAGCGAGACUCGUUUUCUCCAAACAACUUUCUCGGGGGCAACAAGAAGAAACCGUCGAGCCCUAACCCCCCAAGGUCUACGGAGGAACCUUUGACCACAGAGGAACCUUUGGGAACAGAGGAGAUACUAGAAUACAGCCAUGGGCGAGACUCAUUUUAUCCAAACAACUUUCUCGGGGGCAACAAGAAACCGUCGAUGCGAGGCUCUGUGUGGAUUAGCUCGGGAUGGGAAGGCGAAAGUAUUAUCGGGAGUUCGAUAAAAGACGACAUUGUUAUGUCCGGAAGGUCACCAUUCGGUUCUGAAUCUCAUUCGGUAUGUGCUCGCGAAAAUGAUAAAAAACACAACGCGGGCCCUCUAUAG